AUGCAAACGGAGAAGAAAAUAACCAAGGAAGACACCUGGAAACCAGCUGAUUUAAGAAGACACAUUUUGGAUGGAGGCCAAGGAGAUGACCGCGUCAGGAGGCGAGAUGAGAAUGAGAGGAGACACAGGGGUGGGGAGUCUGUAGAGAGGCGCCAUAGGGACCCAGAGAAAGCUGCUUGGCAAGAGAGAAACAAGCGCAGGGAAAGUGACAGCACAGGGGAGAGGGGAAAACAGAAAGAGAGAGAAAAAGACCGUUAUCAAGAGAAAAGGAAAGAGAGCUCAAGGGACAGGGGGGAUGACAGGGUGGAGAGAGACAGGGAGAAGAGAAGAGAAAGAGAGAGAGUAGCAGAUACAAACAAACAAGGUGACAAGUACAGGGAGAAUAGGGAGAGGAGACAUGACAGGGAUGGAAAGGAGACCCAGGAACGGGAAAGGGACCAGGAGAGAAGUCGGGAUAAAGAGAGAGAGAGGGUAAGAGAGCGAGAAAGAGGGGACCAGAAGGGCAGAGACAAAAGGAGGGAAGAGAGAGACAGGGAAAGAAGGAGAGAAGAAAGAGACAGAGAGCGCAGGACUGAGGGGGAGAGAAAGAGCCAUGAGGUGAGUGAGGAAGGAAUGACAGAGAGGGAACGAAAGCAUGACAGAGAGCAGAGAGACAGGGAGAAGAGAGACAGGCAUAGAGAUCGAGAGCACGUAAGAGAAUGGGAACCACACAAAGAUGAUCUGUAUAACAGAAGAAGUGACCGAGAAAGACGAGAGAGACAUGCAGACAGAAACUUUUCUGAACAAAAGGAAGAAAGAGGGUACAAAGAAGAACGCAGAAAAGAACAGAGAGAAAGGAGACAUAAAGAGAGAGGGCAACAUGACGAAAGGCAUCGAUAUGGCAGCGAAGCCAGGGAGCGGGUAGACCAGACGGAGUCGGACCGUCAUCACCGUGACAACAGAGACCAAGCAGAACAGGAGAGGCAUCGAGAGAGAAGACACAGGCAGGAGGCAGAUGCAGAGAGGAGUCAUAGAGACAAGACCAGCGCCAAGACUCCAGCAUCUGACCGAAGUCAUGGUGAUAAGAUUAAGACUUCGCUAACAAAGGAAGUAGUGGUACUCUCUGAGCCCUUGGCGGCUCGUGUGACAGAUUUAAGAGACGCUGAAUUGCCUGGUGAAAAUGUUGAAGAACUGGCUGAAGAUCAAGACUAUGGAGAUCAGGAAUAUGAAGAUGAUUUUGAGGAUUACGAGGAGGACUUUGAGGAGUUGGACGAGAGUGCUGGUGAAAAUGAACCCGAACGGGAGCCACACCAUCCGCAGGUCAGUGAAGGAGGAGGCGUGCAUUCGGCACAACCGAGUGAGGAGAUCAAGGCAAUUCGGAGAGCCAUGGAUGAGGAGAACAAGCGAGUUGGAACUGCACAGACCAAACAAAGUAUCAGCUCAGAGGAGGACGACAAGCCCGUGCUACACACAGAGUCGGACAAGGUGCAGAACAGAGGUUCUCAGCAUGGAAAGUUUAUUGACUUCGUGGCCGCGAAGCAGCGCCAAGUCCACAAGAAAGUUGCCAACAAACAGAAGAAACGCAGCACUGAGCUGUUUCGCCUGAUUGACCUGGAUUUUUCUGUGACGUUCUCCCAUUUGGACCUCCCCCCUGUCAGUGAAUAUGACAUGUACAUCAAAACCUUUGGAAAUACAAAUACUAAACAGGCGUACGUUCAGUGUAAUGAGGACAACACAGACCGAGACAUUCAGACAGAGGAGAUUGAACUGUGUGAGAAGUGGACACAGCAUCCAGCCGAGAGGAACGGCGCGUGUGGAAAUCCGCACCUUUCUCAAGAGGCAAGAGAUAGAAGCACAGCUGACAUCAACAUUGACUCACAGCGUCUGUUAACCUUUUUACGCUCCGCCUCACAGGUAAUGACUGUGCUGUUGGAGGAAGAGCAUGCUGAGAGACAGUCACUGUUGAAGCCAAGGACACACACAGAUGCUCUGUCCUUCAGCGACGGCAGUUUACAGUUCAACACAAAGUUGCCUUUUCUUUAUGGUCGUCAAGUCAGCCUGAUGCUCUUCUCUGAGGUUAAGAGACACACCAUGCUGUCAGUCCACAGCCCCACCGCGGAGCCCAGCGCUGUGCGUCUGGACAGCUACACCAUCAUUUGCAUCUGGAACAUCUGGGAGCCCUCCAGGCCGCAGAAAAUCCUUGUCUACGAGUCUGAGGUGCGCUGUUGCUGCUUCAGCCCAGGCAAGGCCACCCUGGUGUUUGCAGGUACGUCCGUGGGUUCUGUGGUUCUGUGGGAUCUGAGGGAGCACAGCAGUAACCACUACUGCCUGGGGAUAGGCGACGAUGAGUGGACGCUCCGCCACCCCACCUUCUCCACAGACGCUGUGCUGGCCACCUCGGGUCAUUUGUCCUCAGUGAGCUCUGUGGAAGUGGUUCCCUCCAUCAAAGCAGCGGGGAUGAGGUCAGAGCUCCCCCUGUUGGCGUAUGAGGACGGCUCGUUGGGAUUGUCAUUCCAGUUAGCCUCUCUGGAUAAAAACGGUGUUUUAAAUCUCUGGGUGGUGGUGGAACUCCCUAAAGCCAGUGACACAUGUUCCCAGACAGACUUGGGGCUUAGGCCAGGGGGCAAAGUAAAGUUGCUCCACAGUUCCUCCCUGCUCACUGCUGAGAGGACGUCAACCAGGAGUGCGACCAAAACGGGGCCGUCGCAAACGCUUCUCUUAAAAUUCCAGCCGGACAACUCUAACAGUUUCUUUAUUGGCACUAAUAUGAGUCUGGUCAGCCAUGGAACCACCCAUGGGUUGAAGACCUUGCCAAAGUUUUACAGGUCGCAGGAGGCUGGAGUCCAACCCGCUGAUGUCACUUCCAUCCACUUCUCACCGUUCAAGCAAAACUUGUUCUUGGUGGGUUGUGGGGAUGGCAGAAUCAGGCUUCACACAGUCACCCAUGAGCAGCCUGUGGCAGAGUGGAGGAGCAGCACGGCUGGUGAGCCGGUGGUCUCGGUGCAGUGGGGCCAGACCAGGCCCACCCUUUUCUGUGUGUUGGACGCAGCCUCUACCCUCUACAUAUGGGACCUGCUGGAAAAUGACCGAGAGCCUGUCAUAACUGAAAGAAUGACCGCUAACAGGUUGACAGCCAUGGCUGUGUUUGGUGACUCAGGACAACAAGCCACAUAUUCUGGAAUUGCGCUGGCAUGCGAGUCAGGGAAAAUAGAGGUGCAGUAUUUCACAAGGAGAUUUAGCGUACCUGAUACUGCGGAAGAAAAGUUGGAGAGGAUGAUCAAUGAAGGCUUGUGAAAUAAUGCAUGGGAAAUUAAUGCAUUUACACAUUUGUAAAUAUACCCACGUUAAUGUCUGGUUAAGUUCCUGAACAGCUUCACGAUCAAUUUUGCAAAGUAAGUUCUUCAUUCCAGUCAAAGACUAUCACUACUUUGUGUAAUACUGUGUAAAGUUAUAGUUUCAUUUAUUUAAUUUGUAUGAUUUUUUUUUCUUUACACUUUGUGUUCAUAAAAAUCCCACCAUCACAAACACACAUUGUUUUGUUCUGGUAGAAAACAGACUUCAUUUUCUUUUCACUUGAUCUAAAUAAU